UUCACCCUUUCCACUAUUCCUAUCCCAUCCCCUCCCUAGUCCUCUUUCUAAUUGCUAUCCUUCCGUCUAUCUUCUUUAGUGAAGGAUCCUUUCGCUCUCAUACCCUCGUGCAAACUGAUAAUAAUUAUCCAUCAUGGUUGAACUGACCGCCCCUUCCAAGAGAACCGUCAUCCUUUCUCUCACUGCCGUUGUUGGCAUUGUCACUGUCUCUUCAUUGGCCUACAUCCUCUACCGCGACAGCAAGCGCUCCAACUUUUCACAUCGUUUUCAUACUACCCAACGAAACCUCAAUUCACAGCUUACCAAGGCUCAAGGUUCUCUUAAGGAUCUUAUCGAUAACGACCUUCGUCAUAUCCAAAUCCGUACUAAGACUUUGCGCACCCAUCGUCUCCAUCCUGGCGAUGACCACGUAAAGCUACCAUCCCUUGGUUUGAUCAAUGAGGAAGAGAAGGAAGAAUUGGGAGAUGAAAUUGAGGAAACCAAGGAGGAAUUGAUACAGGAGCGCGCAAAGGAAUUCGGUGAUCAUGCCAAUGUACGUCAAGGAUACAAGGAUUUGGACCUGAAAGUCAAAGCUCUCCACAAAAAAAUGGUGAGGCUACUUGAACAAGUGAAUAAAGUGGAUUUGAGUGAGCUAUCUGAGAUUGGGGAUGAAGCCGGUGGCAUCUCGCAGGAGAAUGAAUCUGAAAUCCUUGUUCUCGAGAAAUUGCGAAAGCGUAGGAGCUCUAUCCUCAGUCAGGUUCAGCAAACCCUAACCAAGCUUGAACGUAUCCAAGCAAGCUACAAGGAGAGGAUGUUACAGAUCAAGGAAUAUGAAAAGAUGGAUCGCAUUGGUCUAGCACCAGAGGAUGAUGUGGAACCCACAACAGAAAGCGAAAUGAUGAAGCAAGGUAUCACCUUCGCUGACGUGGCUGCGAUGAAUGUUCCGGAGCCAGAGGUCCUGGCGCCAACCGAGGAUUUGGAAAAGAUGAAGCAAGGAAUCACCUUUGCCGAUGCUGCUAAGCAAAGUAUUGAGGAACCAGAAGCCCUAGCUCCUACAGAGGACCUUGAAAAGAUGAAGAAGGGUGUCAGCUUUGCUGAUGUGGCCAAGCAGAAUAUCGAGGAACCGGAAGUCUUAGCGCCUACAGAGGACCUUGAAAAGAUGAAGAAGGGUGUCAGCUUUGCUGAUGUAGCCAAGCAAAAUAUCGAAGAGCCUGAAGUCUUAGCUCCCACAGAGGAUCUGGAGAAGAUGAAACAAGGAAUCAGUUUUGCCGACAUGGCUAAACAGAAUAUCGAAGAACCAGAGGUUUUGGCUCCCACAGAAGAUCUUCAAAAAAUGAAGGAAGGUGUCAGUUUUGCUGAUGUUGCGAAACAGAAUGUGGAUAAUGUCGAGGAGCCAGACGUGCUAGCUCCUACAGAGGAUCUCGAGAAAAUGAAACAUGGCAUCAGUUUUGCUGAUGUGACCAAGAACAGUGCUGAAGAGUAGUUUUUCUAAUUAUAAACUUUCAUUUGUUUUUCCUUAUUGUACAAUUUAAAUAAAAUAAUGUUGAGAAGUGUAAAGCCC